AUGGAAGAAUAAAUGUUCUAUGGAUAAGGAGCAGGUUGUGAACACGUCAUGGGUAAAUGUGAUUCUGCUAAAAUAGAAUUUUGUGAUCCUAAAACUGACUAGAAAUUAUGUGAUUUUUACCAUCACGGAUAAUCAUUUUGUCAUGUUUAUACAUUAAAUGAUUCUGGUUGUAAUACUUUAGUUACCUACAUAAAUGCAAAAUGCUGGGAUGUUAAUAGUAUUUUGAACACAAGAAAUGCUUAAUUAGAAUAAGGAGUUAAAUUUGGGAUUGAUUCGAGAUGUUUUAACGGGAAUUUAAUGGUUAAAAAUAAAAAACAUAGCUUUUAAAAUAUAGGAAAUUGCUAUAGAUAUUAAUGUGAUUCUACUAAAUAAUAAGUGAAUAUAUGGGUAGGAUAAAUUAAACAAACUUGUAGUUAAAAUUUAGAGAAAUUAACAUUUUAGGGAUAUAAAGGAUUCCUUGAAUGUCCAAAAAAUUUAUCUAAUUUUUGUAGGUUCAAAAAAAUAUGUCCCGGUUUCUGUAAUGCAAAUGGAUAUUGCUUAAAUAAUAAGUGUUAUUGUGCUAAAGGAUUCAUUGGAAAAGAUUGCAAUAUAAAAAUAGUUUCUUGA